CAACCGACGGGUAAACAAAUAAAAUCUGUCCGACCAGAAAACCCCUGCUGAUUCGCGAAACAGCCGAUUUAUAGUAUUGUUUCUCGAGAUAUUUUGAUUUAUUUCAUACCGUAAAUUAUGUUGAACUUUAGCUGAGAUUAUCCAGUGAUUGAGAAGAGUGAAAUUAUAUCUAGUGGAAAUGGAUGUUUUUGGAAAUGCUUUCGCCGGCCGGUGUAGUUUCUGCGCUGGCCUAUGCACAGGACCCUUUCGACACGUGCUUGCCGUUACGGAAGAACGGAAAGUACAAAUCAGAUGCGCCCUGACGAAGCUAAACUCCCCCAUCGCUUCGCUAGUGCAAUCUAGUUACAUCACAUGUGACAAAUGCCGCCGAACGCUUAUACAGCAGCUUCUUAUUCCCGAGAGCUGCUUUCAGAUUCGGCCCAACGCGGAAGAGGUUGACAUCAAAGUGGAACCGGAGUUGGUACCCGAGGACGCGGACGAUGAGCGAUCGGAUGCCGGAAACGCAGUGGAAGAUGUCGAUGAAUUCCCACUUUUUCCCUUGGAACCGGAAACCGAAAUGCGCAUCAAGGGGGAGAAUGGAGAGGUUUACGUUAUCAGCGGGAUGGGAGAGGAAAAAGUUGAAAUGGGUGAUUUGCAGAGCGUUUUCGUCGAUUUUAUGGAUCCGGAUCGUAAGAUGACACAAAAUGCUUCGAAGCGAAAAAAGGGACCUGAUGAUUUGCCGCUGAAGAAGGAUCGUUCAUUACCCAUUCGGCACCGAUGUCCUUAUUGUAAUAAGGGGUUUGCGGACAAGUGUCUGAUGACGACGCAUAUUCGAUGGCAUACGGGAGAAAAGCCCUUCAAAUGUAAAUUUUGUGGAAAAGGAUUUUGCGAAAACUCAAAACUUACUCUGCACCUGCGGACUCACACAGGUGAACGCCCUUACGCUUGUCCACACUGUCCGAAAACAUUCACUCAAUCGGUGACGCUUAAGAUACACAUCCGGGUGCACACCCGCGAAACUCCGUACGUGUGCGAAUACUGCGACCGAGGGUUCACUCAAUCCUACAAUCUGACGGUGCACCUGCGAACCCAGCACAACCAGAUAACGGUAUACCGAGGACGCGAAGUCGGCGUGCUGCCCGAGCACAAAUGCCGAAUAUGUGGCAAGGUCUACCGAUCGGCAAAAAGUUUCCGGCUGCACGAGAAGUUGCAUGCCACCGGGAAACUGUUCGAUUGUCGCGAUUGUGGUAAAAAGUAUACCUAUAUGCACAAAUGCAAGGCUUCCAAGGGCGAAGCGAAGGAAAAGGUGUACUCGUGUAAAAUCUGCAGCCAAACAUUCAAGCAUCAGCAGAGCGUCGUGUACCACAUGAGCAACAAACACAAACGGUUCGACAGUGGUUUGGGAGAUCUGGAGACGGACGAAGAAGCGAUUUGCGGAAGCUGAAAAAAACUCUCGUUCCUAAAUUGUUAAAGUAUAAAGUAACAUUUAUAGAUCCGUCAGUCUUCCAUCGCCGGUACAGCACGUCAACGGAAUUUCAAAAAUUAAGUAACGCGCGGUUCAUAUGGAGACGUUUACACACAACAUCAACAUCACGAUGUGUGGAACGUGUGAAUUCACACAAAAGAAACGCAUCAAACUUAUCCCGACGUGACGUUGACGUUCUGUUUCGUUAAUUGACGCUGAUAUACCGUGUGGAUCUUCUUUAAGCCAUUGUAAAGUCUUUUUUCUAUAAAAAUAAAGUAUGACCUAAA